AUGGUGACCAAUUUCAGUGUGACAUCUCAAUCCUUGUGGAAUGACACACAGUAUUCAGACACAAACAAUCAGACUGAUUUCCCAAUUGAAUAUUUUUGGUAUGAAACAAUCAUUUACCCCUUCAUUUUUCUUAUAUCCCUUUUGGGACUUCUGGGGAACGGAUCAGUCAUCUGGCUACUUGGCUUCCAUAUGAAGAGGAAUCCUUUUACCAUCUGUAUCCUGAACUUGGCUGUCACUGACUUUAAUGUCCUCAUAGCCCUUACAUUAGAAUCAAUAGGUGUGAUUCUAUUCAUUUUCACGGAUUACUUUGCUGUGUUUGUGCUAUUUGCUUCUUACAUUAGCUUAAUCUUCAUGUACAACACUGGUCAACUUCUACUGACUGCAAUCAGUAUUGACAGGUGUGUGGCUGUGUGGUUCCCAAUUUGGCAUCGAUGCCACAGGCCACCACAUUUAUCCACCAUUGUGUGUGCUCUGAUAUGGGUCCUCUCUUUGAUUCUAUGUGGAAUUCAGGUACUAGUUAUAAUUACUGGUCAUAAUCCACUGGUACAUGGUAUUGUGAAUGUUCUGAUCUGUUAUCCACUGAUGGCCACCUCUACUCUGAUCUUGUCUGUUAAAAUCUGUUGUAAACAACAUAAACGUAAGCAAACAAAGACUUUAACAGUAAUUCUGCUUGCACUGUUAUUUUGCCUAAUCUUUGGAAUUCUACCAAAUUACUCUUUUAUUCACGUUUAUACUACUACGUCUUAUUUUAUUUCCUCUGGAGAUUCCUAUUUCAUUUAUUACAUAACUACAUUUGUAAUGAUGAUAGAGAGGACUUCAAUUUUUGAUAGCAUCUCAUCUCUCUGUAUCUGUGUAAACAGCAGUAUCAACCCAGUGCUUUAUUUUCUUGCUGGGAGAAAAAGGAAGAUACUUUCCAGGGAGUCUAUGAGAGUUAGACUCCAGAGGGUUUUCAGUGAUGAAGAAGACCAUAGGGAGGAAGAGGGCUUCCCACUUUGA